UGUCAUCCCGAUCAUCAAAAAUCCAUUGUGAAAUCUAACUCUUUGGAUGAGGAUAUAAACAUCAGGAUCAAUGUACAAAACCAAGGUAUGAAAAAUAAUGUGAUGAAGUACAAAAGAUAGGAUUUAGACACAAUGCAAUGAGAAGAGUUUGCAUACAAAGCAAUGAGACUUCAUUGUGCAUGUGGCGUCUUGUGAUGGAUACUGUAGUGGGACCCGGGUAAAAUGUGAGGCCCAUUCAUAUAUAAAUACGUCACAUUGGUUGUGCCGUUGUGGGGAGCCAGUGAUCACGCCUCUGUUUCAAAGCUGUAUCCUCCCUCCCGCCAAAUUCCGAAUGGGCGUUAGGUUCAAACCCUCCCACCCAACUGUCCGCUUAUCUUCACUCUCUCUUGAAAAAUUCCUCAAAUCCCGCAAAAACCUCUCUAAAGCCCCUCCAAAACUCUGGUCCGACCAUGGCCAUGGGCCUCCAGAAGAAGACGACCAACCACUCCCUAUCUUAAAGCUAAGCCACCACAUUUUGCGCACCUUAGAAUCAUGCUGUGGUUCAAUGAAAGAGUUCAACCAAAUCCACACCCAACUCAUUGUCUCCGGCCUCCUUCAACAACCUCUAGCAGCGGGCCGAGCUGUCAAGACGCUUUGUUCUUUUCCGGAUUCUGUCCAACAUGCGGUUUCGCUGUUUGAAGGUCUGGAAGAGCCGGAUGCGUUUAUAUGUAACACCAUUAUGAGAACCUAUGUGAAUGUGAAUGAUCCAUAUACUGCUCUUGGGUUUUACUAUGAGCAAAUGGUUCGUAAAUGUGUUGCUCCCAAUCAUUACACCUUCCCUCUUUUGGUGAAGGUUUGCUGGGAGAUUGGGUCGAUUGGAGACGGGGAAAAGAUCCAUGCCCGGAUAUUGAAGUUUGGGUUUGGAUUGGAUUUGUUUGUUCGAAACUCCUUGAUCCAUAUGUAUUCAGUUUGUGGGAGAAUUGGGGAUGCAAGAGCAAUGUUUGAGGUGUGUUCUAUAUCGGAUUUGGUGACUUGGAAUUCCAUGAUUGAUGGGUAUGUAAAGAAUGGGGAGAUCGGUGCUGCUCGUGAACUUUUUGAGGAAAUGCCUGAGAGAGAUCUAUUUAGUUGGAAUUCGAUGAUUGCAGGGUAUGUUGGAAAUGGAGACAUGACGGCUGCGGAAGACUUGUUCUACAAGAUGCCAUUUAGAGAUAUUGUUUCCUGGAACUGUAUGAUUGACGGAUAUGCUCAGGUUCAGAAUAUGGAAAUUGCUUGUGAGCUUUUUAAUUGGAUGCCAUAUCGAAAUGUAGUUUCUUGGAAUAUCAUGUUGGCUCUUUAUGUGCGGAUCAAAGACUAUGAUGAGUGUUUGCGCAUGUUUGAUAAGAUGAUGGGAGAGACUAUGCCAAACGAGGCUACCCUUGUGAGUGUCUUGACUGCUUGUGCACACUUAGGGAGGCUUGAUAGGGGCAAAUGGAUUCAUUCUUACAUUAAAAAUAAUAGGGUGAUUGAACCUGAUGUGUUACUUUCAACUGCGCUCUUGACAAUGUAUGCAAAGUGUGGAGCCAUGGAUUUGGCUAGAGAUGUGUUUGACAAGAUGCCCAACAGAAGUGUUGUAUCUUGGAAUUCGAUGAUUAUGGGAUAUGGCAUGCAUGGCCAGGCAGAUAAAGCCCUAGAAAUGUUCUUGGAUAUGGAAAAGAGAGGUCCAAUGCCAAAUGAUGCUACUUUUAUAUGUGUUUUAAGUGCAUGUGCACACUCUGGAAUGAUUUUGGAGGGUUGGUGGUACUUUGAUCUAAUGAGGCGGGUUUAUAAGAUCGAACCGAAGGUUGAGCACUAUGGUUGCAUGGUUGAUCUUCUUGGGCGGGCAGGUUUGAUGAAAGAUUCGGAAGAGCUUAUAAGGAAGAUGCCGAUGGAGGGGGGAACUGCCUUAUGGGGAGCACUACUUUCUGCUUGUAGGACUCACUCAAAUUCAGAGCUUGCAGAGAUCGUGGCCAAAAGGCUAAUUGAGUUGGAACCAAGGGAUAUUGGGUCCUACUUGCUGUUAUCAAACAUAUAUGCUGCAGAAGGAAAAUGGGACGAUGUAGAAAUUGUCAGAAAGAUGAUGAAGGAAAGGGGUUUAACAAAAACAACAGGGUUUAGCCGGGUUCACAUUGAAGAGUUUGGGACUCAAUCCUUUGUUGAAGAUGCUUCAGUCCACAGAAAGAGCAUGAUGUAUUCCAUUUUGAGUGACAUGGCUACUCAGAUGAAAUUGUCUUGUGGAGAUUAUGAUGAAGUAGAGAACUUAACAGUAAGUUGUUCAUGAUGAGUAGUUCAAAUGGACAUGUACCCUGAUAAAAAAACUAUUGAAAAGAGAACUUGGUAGCAGGUUGAAAAUUCUAAAUGGACUGGGAAAAACCAUGGUUCAAGUGGUGAUAAAGACCAUACAAGCAUGGUUUAGCAGACAAUAUAACUUGGAAUGAAAGCUUUAGAACAUCUGGUUGCAACUUGCUGGGGUAAGAAUGACAGUUGGUGCAAGUAAUAUGUCCAGGGUUGCACCUGAUAUGGUAGGAGGGUACAUCCAACUGCAACUUACAGGGUUAAGAAUGACACUUGGCCUGAUAGUAUCUCCAAGGGUGCUCCUAAGUGUGUAAAAAACUCUGGGAGUUUAAGCUGCAUGGCAGGGUGAAGGUGCAAUGUACUGAUGUUAUAUAAAAAAUGAAUGAUUGGUAGGAUAAGGCUAUGAUGUUGUAUUUCUUGUGGGGAUGGUUGUUUAGAUCGACAUCUUUGUGUAUUUUUAACCCUUAAUCCAUGCUAAACCCACACUAGAAAAUUAUGGAAAGUUGAUGGCAGUGGUGUUGGUUUGGUUUAUUGAAUAUUUAUCUCAAAUCUUCCAUAUUAUCUGAA